AUGUGCGCUAGACAUCGUGGGACCACUUACGGUGACGACCGCAGUAAAGCCAUCCUGUUGCCAAACCAGGAAGCGGCGUCGGUGGCGAAGGCAUUCGUGACUCGAAUAAUAGUAGAGCACGGAACACCGGAAAAAAUCCUGACGGAUCAGGGCACUAAUUUCACGAGCGAACUAUUAAAAAAUGUAUGCAAGUUAUUGAAGAUCACAAAGAUUCAAACAACAGCAUAUCACCCGGAGAGUAACGCGCUCACGAAACCACCGAAACAAACGUAUUCGUACGAUAAUUAUGCGCAGGAAUUACGAGAAAGAUUACGCGCCGCGAAUCAAAUUGCGAAAGGAAACGCGCAACAGGCGAAACAACAAGCAAAGAAACAAUAUGAUAAAAGUGUAAAAAGGGAAAUCUUCGAGAUAGAGGACAAAGUCCUGCUUUACAACGAAGCUUUGAGAAGGGGACGCUCAAAGAAAUUAGAAUCCCAAUGGGCAGGACCUUACACGAUAUUGGAGAAACAUAACGAA